AUGAAGUCCGGUUCAGGAAUAGAACCGAAGGACCGCAUCCAAGAACCGGUUCACGGGCACAGGCAACGCCAGGACUCGUACGCCGCCACUCCGCCCUCUGAUGGGGCCCCGAGCGCUGUGCCAGCCGACGGCGGCGCCGAUGCCUCCUCGCCGUCACCUCUCCCUGCAGCGCCCGUCGACCGACCCCAAGAACGUUUCCAUGAGCAGGCCGGAGGCGGGAGCCGCGGCACCCAUGGAUCGAGUUCCGCUGCGGCGUGGGGCGGGCCCGAUGACAUUCCUUUUCUCGCACCUCCCGCUCCAAGAUCCGCGGGAAGCAGCCCAUCCACCCCCUCCCCCGACGGCGCCUCGGCAUUUGCAGCCGGGGCGUCAACCUCCGCGACGGACAGGGGCAAGAGGGUAAAGUGGAGGCAUCCGGUGGUGGUGCCGAAGGAGGCGAGGCGGCCGUUCGACUCCAAGCUAGUGUUCGAACAGUUGGUACGAGAGCAGGCAGCUAUCAACGAGGCUCAUAUACAAUGGGCAGAGAGAGAGGAGGAGGAGGAGAAGAAGAAGAAACCGGUGGAACAGGUGAAAUCGUCGCACGCCAAGAAGGCGCUCUGGAGCAAGUUUAAAAACUAUUUCACCCGCAAGAGAAAGAUUGUUGAUAGAGAAGGAAGGAGAAUAUAUUCGGAACAUGUGGGUCACCAGACGAUUCCUAUCACUGAAGUCGGUAAUUAUUAUCGUGUUACUAAAGAUAUGGCUAUUCGUGUGAAUCUUGAUGCCUAUUUGAGAUUUAGACCGGUGCAUGGAGAUGGGGAGUGUUUCUACAGGAGCUUCAUGUUUUCCUACCUUGAGCAAGUUCUUGAUAGGCAGGACACAUAUGAGGAACACCGUCUCCUUGAUGCUGUUAAAAGAGUGUCUACGCAACAUACAAAUCUUGGAUGGACCUCUGAGUUUUGCAGGAGCUACAAAGAGAUGCACAACUGCUUAACAGUAGUGGCAUGCCAUCAGAGUUUUACAUACUGUUGGCAUAAACUCGAAUUCGAAGUUUACUGUAAAGUUAACAACCCAAUUCCAAUGAACCUUAAGAGAAAUCUACUUGCAAAGGAACAAUGAGACAAUAUAAUGGGGAAGAAUAGAAUUGUAUGCUUGUUUCGUUUGAACAAAAACGAUGCGGACAUGCUACUUAUGGUGUAGCCACCUUAUUGUUCUGUUACCAAACAUUUUCAUCCAUAACUACUAUGCUACAGUAUGUACUUAAUGACUGAUGCUUUUCAGACUUGUUCUGUGUUAUUCAAUAUCUUGCUAUCAAUUCCAUAUUUCAUAACUCAUUCGAGUAACCUAUGAUAUGUAAUUAUUAUCAGAUGUGAACUAUUGGGUUGCUGAUUCUUUCAGGCAUUUAAGAAACUGAUAAAAAAAGUAAUGAGAUGGAAAAGACAAGGCAGGUGGAACAGCAUAGCAUCAACUAACAGGUACCGUAAAGAGAAACUUCUUGAGUUCUUCAGCACCUACGAUACAACGGAAGACAUUCUUGUUUUCCUCAGAUUAGUAGUAGCUAUCCAGAUAUGCUCACAUGCGUACGAGUAUGAACAGCUUAUUACUGGGCUCAACGAAAAUUACAGUCUGAAAGAUUGGUGCUUUCGGCGUGUCACUCCAGCUCGUAUGUUUACGGACCAUAUUAUGAUGACAGCCUUGGUCAGAGCGCUUGAGGUACCUCUCAAAUUGGAGCGACUCAAUGGAGGAGGAUCUGCCGAAGAUAAUAUCUACACUGGUCCUGGAGUUUUGAGUGUGACCUUGCUGUACACGGGUAAUCACUACGACAUCAUCUACCCACGAGCUCCUUCUGCUGAGAAUUGAAGUCCACAGGCCUCCCAUAAUGAGAGCUGAUUAGAGUUCAAGUCAACAGAUCUGCUGUGUUGAAGUUGAGUUUGAGUGCUGCCUUUGAAUGAGAGCGUUGCUGGGUUUGGUGGUAGAGGGUUAGACAUAGACUGAUGUAAUAGGGGUAGGCAUAACAUACACUUGUGCAUUCUUCUUCUCCUAGCCCAAGCUACUGGUGCCCGAUUGAUUGAUCAGAAGCUGCUCCCUUGUCUGAAAAGUGACAAGGAAGAAAAACUUGUGCUCUACUA